CGUGUGCCUCUUCUCCUCUCCCGCCAACUAUACUUUUACUUGGCUGUCACACGUAUUUAUAUCGUCCUCCGUAUAAUAUACAUUGUCUCCAACUCCCUCUCCUCCUCCUUAUCCUCGUACGACCCGUUGUUUGGUGCGACGAGGAAAAUCGCGUUGUCGCGUGACCCCACCGUCUCGGUACAAAAAAAUCGGUUGGUACCGGUGGUACUCGUUGACCGUUUCGUGGGCAAAAUAUCACAGGCACGCGACAAAUACGUAGCCCCGGUGUUCAGGACAGAAGAGAGACCCGAUCGGGUGUGCACGACUACCGCAAAGCCAGUUGUCGAAUAAAAACGCGAGUGCCUUUCCCCGGUUGAGAUUGUGGUUGGCGAAGGGAGUCGAGGAAUAACACGAAGAUGGCUCGUGCUUCACCGUCGGUCGGACCUGCGAGGCUGUGGCUUCCGGUGCUGCUCGUUGCUCUGCUCGCUUGCGUCGGAGUAGUGCAAGGAUUGAGUUGCUACAAGUGCGGCCAGUACAACGACGGCGUAGGCAGCAUCACCCCCUGCAUCAACUACACGGGCAUACAAUUGCAGGAGUGUCCCAAAACAUCCGAGUACUGCAUCAAAUACGUGAGCGAGGGCUCAACUGUGCGGGACUGCGUGCCCACGUGCGUCGAAAAGGAGGCCUGGAGCACGAGGACGUACUGUUGCAAGGAGAACGGCUGCAACAGCGCGCCCACCGUAACGUCGAGCAACAGUUUUUGGCUACUGUCGAGCUUGGCGCUCGCAUUGCUGCUGCAACAGCUUCCGCAACGUCGUGGCUAAUGCGUAUACGUAUGAUGCGCCGAAAAUAAAAUAAUAAAAAAAAAAAAUAAUAAAAAAACGCGCCCUCAAAACUCCCAACGGCAUCACUACACGCUAUACAUCUCUGAACUUGUUAGCCAUCGCCCGAAGAUCAUGGCAUACACAACACGCACCGAGGAGAGAAAGAGAGAUAUGGGCAGCGCCCGAUAUAAAUACAUUAUAAUAUAAUAACACGCAUACACAUAGUAAUAUAAAAAUAAUGAUAAUUGUCACAACUACCGAGCAGUCCUCGCCUUAACGGACGACACUACCAUCAUUUUCCGCUUUACGCAUACAUACACUUGUACCUAUUGUCGUACAAAAGUACACCCAUAAUAUGCGAUCAAUUACAUUUUGACACACGCCUAAUAUGCAUACCCACCGAAGCACCGCUACUCUAUGACUAUACUAUUGUAAUACUUGUAUAUGCCUAUAUAUACCAUUAUACUUCUGUGCCCAGAUUCUCUUUCCGAUUUUAAUACGUACCCACGCGCAUAUGAUACGUACAUAUGCUGUACGGACGGCUUUCGAUGAAAUACAAUUAUACGCAUACCUAUCCACACACGAGUACAUGACCGAUCGAUCGGCUUCUCCUCCUUUGGACACGCGAGGGGUGAUUUCGAGGUACCGCCGACACAAGCAAUGCGUUUUUCUAUUUCCAUCAGCUUGAAAUAAUUGUAGAGCCCGCGGAUCGCUUAUUGUUGGUAUUCAAUGAUUAAUCGCAUCUCUUAACUAUAUAUAAUCGAGCAUACAUACGGUGACGCCGGUACACCCCCGCGAAUCGAUCGGAGGUAAGUAGAUGCGGUCGGCCGGUCUUCCCCCCCUCCCCCGCCACAUCGAGAUUGGGCCGCGGUACUCCCUUCGUUUGCUCACCAGGUUCCCGCAGGGAGAGCAGCUGCCACUCGCUUCGGCAAUUUCCAUUUUUCGCUCCGCUUUCUUUUCCCUCUCUUAUUUUCAUUGCGAGUAGAGUCGCCGCGCGUGUGAGCACCCCCGGGGCUGAAUUUAAUUUCGAAAAAGUUUCGAGCGUAUACGUGUGAGCCUGUUUUUUCUUUCUUUUUGUCCGACGGAGAUAAUCGCUGAGGGGAAAAACACACCGGGUGGAAAAAUCAACGAGAACGUGUAUUCAAGGGAUCGGGGAUGUAUUUCAAUUAGACAUUUUUGGGUCCGGGCGGGAAAAACUGGGUCUCUGGAAUACAAAAAAGAAAUCACACGAAAGAGAGGAAUUGCAGCUAGAGAUGGAGUAAUUUAUCGCUUUUGUUGUUUACGGUGCAUUAUUUUCCAGGCGUCAGGGUAAAACUUUUGGGUAAGUACGAAUGUAACCACGGCAAAUUUUCAUCACCCGAGGCAGGGAGCGAGAAAACAACAUCCCCCCCCCCUCGAAUUGCACCCUUUCGUUUAACGAGUCGAUUCGCUGCUCGCCCACCGUUUUUCUUUUCCUUUUGUUUAGCUCCGUAUUCGAGAAAGCGUCUAAUUAACGCGCGGCGACGGUGUAGCGAAGGGGAAAAAAUAAAAUUGUGCCGGCAACAAUGGGGUCGAAGAAGAGAAAAAGGGUGGCGGAUGAAAAUAUUUUCCUUUGAUUAGCGCUAGUCGAAGGAGGAGAAGAAGAUAACCGGUGACACAACGAAUCCUCCCCCCACCCCCACCCCGUGUCCUGGAAUAUACGUGCACGUACUAUAUUCCUGGCGUUUGCAAAUGGACCACAGACCCUAUCGACGCCUUGACCUCGUGCAAACUGGUGACGCGUUGUCCUUUCGCUCGAAAUAAAACUUGCACGACGUGAAUAUCUACAUAAUACUGUUGUUGUUAUUAUUGUCGUCAUUAUCAAUGUUAUUAUUAAAACAAGGAUAACACUCAAUAUAUAACGCUCCAGUAAGCUCGAAAGUUUUUUUUUUUUUCUUUUCUCUGCGUCAUCAUUAAUUGACCACUUACUGGCCACAAUUAUUUUAAUUACGGCAGCUUACUUAACACAAUUUUUUUUUUGACGCUCGAAGAACGUACGAGAGAAGGGCGACGCCAACAAUCAGCUAGCGCGAGGGGGAGGUACUCGACAACACCGAUAAAGGUUUUAUAACGAUGCCGGAUGAUAGAAAUAUAUAUGUAUAAAAAAAUAACUACGAGGAAGUAGAAAAAAAAAAGUUAAAUAAUAGAACGGAAUGAUUGAUUAAUCUGAUUAAUUAAUUAUCAACUAUUGCUACUCCUACACUGAGCUAUGUAGAAACUAAUAAGUAACAUUGAAUCAUUGCUAUACAAUUAUUAUGAAAUUAUUAUUACGAGUUGACGUCGUCUAUGAAA